AUGGUGCUAACAGGAGAGGUGUAUGAUUCCCAUCACCUUGAAAAGCAGAAAGUGGUGGGUCACCACCACUGCAGGCCAUUCCAGGCGUAUCUGUAUGAUUUUGUUAAUGCGUCAUCUGUGAACCUGAUAUCUCAAUUCAUGAAAUCUGUGAACAUUCAAGAACAAUUAAAUAUCAAAAAGUACUACUAUCUGGCAGUUUUCUACAAUCCGCCUUAUCUGGGACAAGUAGAUGGAGCCAUCCUGCCACAAACCAAGUAUGCCACAUGCCACUCCUAUCAAGUGUCCGGGCCCAACCAAGAAUCCUUAGAUGGUAUUUCAAAACACAAAAGUGAGAUACUGAUGAAGUUCCAAAUCUAUGUUAAGGUGGUUGUAUUGGUUCACGGAGAACUUCACAUAGAGACUAAAAGACAACAGGAAGAAGACAGAACAGCAGUGCAACAUUCCAAAAGGAGGUAUAAACGUGAAUGGGUCAAGUUUGCAAAACCCUGCCGAGAGAGAGAAGACAACUCAAAAAGGAACCCAAUUGCCAAGAUUACCUCAGAUUACCAAGCAACCCAGAAAAUUACCUACCGAAUUUCUGGAGUGGGAAUUGAUCAGCCACCGUUUGGAAUCUUUGUUGUUGAUAAAAACACGGGCGAGAUCAACAUAACAGCCAUAGUUGACCGAGAGGAAACCCCAAGCUUCCUGAUCACAUGCCGGGCUCUAAAUGCCCUGGGACAAGAUGUAGAGAAACCACUUAUACUCACGGUCAAAAUUUUGGAUGUGAAUGAUAAUCCUCCAGUAUUUUCACAAAGCGUAUUCAUGGGUGAAAUUGAAGAAAAUAGUGCUGUCAACACCCUAGUGAUGAUAAUAAAUGCCACAGAUGCUGAUGAACCAAACCAUAUAAAUUCUAAAAUCGCCUUCAGAAUUCUCUCUCAGGAACCUGCAGGCACGCCCAUGUUCCUCCUAAGCCGAAACACUGGGGAGAUCCGCACUUUGACCAGUUCUCUCGACCGAGAGCAAGUUGGCAGCUAUCACCUGGUUGUGAGUGGCGCAGACAAAGAUGGAGAAGGGCUAGCGACCCGGUGCGAGUGCAGCAUUAAAGUGAAAGAUGUCAACGACAACUUCCCAAUACUCAGAGACUCUCAGUAUUCAGCACGUAUUGAGGAAAAUACUUUAAGUUCUGACUUGCUUCGAUUUCACGUGACAGAUUGGGACGAAGAGUAUACGGACAAUUGGCUUGCAGAGUUUUUCUUUACCUCUGGGAACGAAGGGAACUGGUUUGAAAUACAGACGGAUCCCAGAACGAAUGAAGGCAUUCUCACGGUUGUUAAGGCCCUAGAUUAUGAACAACUACAAACCCUGCAAUUGGGUAUUGCUGUCAGAAACAAAGCUGCAUUUCACCACUCGAUAAUUUCUAAAUAUCGAGUUCAGUCAACACCAGUUACAAUUCAGGUAAUAAAUGUAAGAGAAGGAAUUACAUUUCGUCCCGCUUCCAAGACAUUUACAGUGCAAAAAGUCACCAGUAGUAAAAAAUUGGUGGAUUAUAUCCUGGGAACCUAUCAAGCCAUUGAUGAAGACACUAACAAAGCAGCUUCAAAUGUCAAAUACAUUAUGGGACGUAACGAUGGUGGUUUCCUAACGAUUGAUUCAAAAACUGCUCAGAUCAAAUUUGUUAAAAACUUGGAUCGAGAUUCUUCUUUCAUAGUCAACAAAACAAUCAUAGCUGAGGUUCUGGCCAUAGAUGAAACCACGGGUAAAACUUCUACAGGCACCGUCCGUGUUGAAAUACCCCAUUUCAGUGAAAAUUGUCCAACAGCUGUCCUUGAAAAGGAAGCAGUUUGCAGUUCAUCGCCGGUGGUCGUCUCGGUUAGAACCCUGGGAAAUGUUAAAUAUACUGGUCCUUACACAAUCACACUGGAGGAGACGCCUGUAAAGUUGCCAGCCGUGUGGAGUAUCACGACACUCAACGCUACCUCAGCACUCCUCAAAGCACAGCAACAGGUGUCUCCCGGAGUGUACAGAAUCCCCCUGGUCAUCACGGACAACGAGGACAAUCGGUGUGAGACACCAGAGAGCCUGACCCUGGAAGUUUGUCAGUGUGACUACAGGGACACAUGUGGAAAGUAUGGCCCAAUGACAGACCCUUACACCAAGGAUAAACAUGCAACUUCUGGGAGGCUGGGGCCUGCUGCCAUUGGCCUGCUGCUGCUCGGUCUCCUGAUGCUGCUCUUGGCCCCACUUCUUCUGUUAACCUGUGACUGUGGGACGGGUCCGUCUGGAGGAGUGGCAAGUGGUUUUAUCCCAGUUCCUGAUGGCUCAGAAGGAACAAUUCAUCAGUGGGGAAUCGAAGGAGCUCAUCCUGAAGACAAGGAAAUCACAAAUAUCUGUCUGCCACCUAUAACGGCCAAUGGAGCUGAUUUCAUGGAAAGUUCUGAAAUUUGUACAAACACAUAUGCCGGAGGGACCGUGGUUGAGGGCACUUCGGGAAUGGAACAGACCACGAAGCUUGGAGCAGCCAACGGGUCAGCAGGGGCCGCAGGCUUUGCAGCAGGGGCAGCCUCUGGGGCCUCUGCAGGCUUUGCGGGAGCCACCGGCUUCGGCAUCUGUCCCACAGGGCAGUCGGGGACAAUGAGAACGAGACAUUCCACCGAAGGAACCACCAGGGACUAUGCUGACGGGGUAAUAAGCAUGAAUUUCCUGGACUCCUACUUUUCUCAGAAAGCAUUUGCCUGUGCGGAGGAAGAUGAUGGCCAGGAAGCCAAUGACUGCUUGUUGAUCUAUGACAAUGAAGGCACAGAGCCCUCCAGUUCUCCUGCUGACGCCCUAGAUUGUUGCAGUUUUAUUGUCGACGACCUGGAUGACAGCUUCUUGGACUCACUUGGCCCCAAAUUUAAACAACUUGCAGAGAUAGUCCUUGGUCUUGACGACAAAGCCAAACAAGGACAGCCAUCUGCUAAGGAAAGUGGUUACGUGGUUGACUCCUGUGGCCGCUCCCCAGAAGUCCCGCAAGAAGGAUACGUUGGGUGCCAGACUUUGCCAGGCAGGGAAGGAGCUUCUGCUUUGUCCGCCUCUAUGUCUGUCCAGCCAGCUAUUUCCAUCCCUGACCCUCUGCAGUAUGGUAAAUAUUGGGUAACAGAAUCCUACUCGGCUUCUGGUUCCUGCGUGCAAUCUUCCGCUGCGGGCUUUGAUCCACUUCUCACACAAAAUGUAAAAGUGACAGAACGGGGGACUUGUCCCAUGCCCUGUAUUCCUGGUAACCUCACUGGCCCAACACAGCUACGAGGGUCACGCACUGUGCUCUGUACAGAGGAUCCUUGUUCCCAAGUCAUAUGA